ACCUUCAUCUUUCAGCUUCGAGAUCAAACAAAGUCAUGCUCUUCACACGCGCUCUGCUCGGCCUCGCCGCCGCUACGUACUCUCUGGCCGCUCCCAUCACCGAGGCCUCUCCCAACCCGGACUCGGCCACCCACCUCUUCGCUCGCGAGAGCCCGGGCACUGGCACGAACAAUGGCUACUACUACUCCUUCUGGACCGACGGUGGAGGCCAAGUGAACUACAACAAUGGCCCGGGCGGCUCGUACACGGUCUCGUGGAGCAACGUUGGGAACUUCGUUGCGGGCAAGGGUUGGGCUACAGGGUCUGCUAGAACCAUCAACUACUCCGGCUCCUUCAACCCCUCCGGCAACGGCUACAUCGCCGCCUACGGCUGGACCCGCAACCCUCUGAUCGAAUACUACGUCGUCGAAUCCUACGGCACCUACAACCCCAGCUCUGCGGCUCAGAAGAAGGGAACCGUCACCACCGACGGCGGCACCUACGAUAUCCUCCAAACCACCCGCGUCAACCAGCCCUCCAUUGACGGCACGCAGACCUUUCAGCAAUUCUGGAGCGUGCGCCAGCAGAAGCGCGUCGGCGGCACGGUGACCAUGAAGAACCACUUCGACGCUUGGUCGAGGCUGGGCAUGAAGCUGGGUUCGUCGCAGAACUACCAGAUUUUGGCGACCGAGGGAUACCAGAGCAGCGGGUCUGCGAGCAUCACCGUUUCGUAGAUUGGAUGUGGUUGAGGAAGUGUUUUUCGCGUGUUGC